AUGACGUUGGAGCUUUCAGAGAUGGACGACUAUCCGAUAAACUGCUCACUUGCAUGCAAAUACGGUGACGGAUCAACUAUUUAUGUGACGACAAAGACAAAAAAGCUAUGGGAUAUAUACGGGAUCAGAAGUCUACUACUAUUGGGUCUUGAAGCACAAACCAUUCUUACCAUCUUCGGCAAUCGUAGAAGGUGCCGUUUAAGAUAUCUGACCCGAUUUUUCCUUUGGUUGUCCUACUUGACGGCAAGUCCCGUGGUAACAUUGGCAUUGGGCAAGCUUUCACGAAUUAAUGCUGAGGUUAUUGAUGUGAAAGGAAAUCAGCUAGUGCGUAGCGAAUUCUUUGACGCAUAUCUCUACUACGCAGUUUGGUUUACACCAUUCCUUUUGCUGCAAAUUGGUAGCCCUAAUGUUAUUUCUUACUCCGUUGAGGAUAAUAAGUUAAAGUUUAGGCAACUUAUUGGGCUAACCACCCAGGUCGCCAUCUCACUUUGGAUCUUUUCUAAAUCAAUUCGAUAUUGGAUUGAGACACUCAGUAUACUUCUGUAUGUAGCUGGAAUAGUUAAAGUUGCAGAGAGACUCCGAGCUCUCUGGUCAAUAAGUAUUACUGAAAAUGUCGUGAUAGCUAGUUUUGCAAAAAAUGAUAUUCGAACAGAAGAAACCUCACUUGAGUCUAGCUCAUUUUCCAAUUAUUCUCAUGAUCUGUUUCUGCUUGUGAAGGCUCAUCAACGCUUUGAUCGAUUAAAGCCUUAUCUUGAGAAUUGGCUAGGCUAUCCUUCAUCAGUUUAUCUUUCUUCGAUGAGUGUAGAAGACUGUCCUCCUAAGGAUGUUUUUAGAAUCACAGAAUUUGAGCUUAGCUUUAUGUAUGAUGUGCUCUACACGAAGGCGUCCAUUGGCUAUUCCAACAAAAGUUUAUGGGGUCGCAUCAUUUUCUUUCUUGCUCUAGCUUUGCUUUUGGUGAUAGUAACUAUAUUUUGGUUUGCUGAGCCAGGAGUAACUGUACUUGAAAUUUAUGAGAUGAAGGAGUUUUUGUUCUCAGAUUGGGUAGUACUUCAAAUGAGGAAACAAAAUAGGAGCACAUUUAUCAGUAGAUCCAUAUCGAGAAUUGCUCCAAAAAUUCCAAGAAAGAAUCAUAGGUGGUCUCAUUGCAUAGAUCAAUUCAACUUACUAAGCUAUUGUCUCUAUGAAGAUACUACAAAGCUUGGCGGGCUGAUUAGAAGAAUUUUCAAGGUCAAGGGCUACUACAAGGAGUACAUGAAGUAUUGUGUUAAGAAACACAAUCCAGUCCCUGAAGAGUUGAAGAAGCUGAUACUGGAACAAAUUCUGGAGGUAAGAGCUCAAAGAGGCUGGCAAUCUUUCUCUAAAAGGGGGGAAGGGGCUCUUGAAAGAUGUAACUGUCUCCAAGAUUUGGAAUGGAGUAUUCAAACAGAUUUUGAUACCCCAACAAAGAAGCAAAUAAAUUUUGGCAAAGCCAUUAUUAUAUGGCACAUUGCCACCACAGUUUGCUACUAUUUAGAUGAUGGUGCAUCAGAAAGUACCUUAAAUCACCCCUUAUGUGAAAUGAGCAAACUUUUAUCAGAUUAUAUUAUGUAUCUUUUGGGCAUGAUUUCUGAUAUGUUAUCUAUUGUUACUGGUGACCUUCUCUUUCAUGGUGCCUGUGCUCAAGUCGAUGAAUUUUUUAAGGCAAAACAGUCAAAGGAUGAAGCGACAUUGUGCAGAAAUUUACUAGUUGAAACUUAUUUCCAAGGAAUUCCCAAUAACAAUGUGUUUACAUCAGGUUGGAAUGUAUUGCUUCAGGUGCAAAAAUUGGCAAAAAUAUUGCAAGAGAGAGACGACAAAUGGAGUAUUAUAAGUAGUGUCUGGGUGGAAAUGUUGUUUUAUGCUGCGAUUAAUUGUCCUUGGACUCUCCAUGCGGAGCAACUUAGGAAAGGUGGAGAAUUGCUCACUCAUAUUUGGCUUCUGCUUGAGCAUGAGAAAGAUCAGCCCCAUGAUUUGUCCCUUGAAUUGUAA